UGGAGCACCAGAGAGCUUGGGCUCGGCAUCGUCACAAAUUCACCUUACGGGUUCCUCAUUGACGACCGUUGCUCUCACAGACACCUAUCCAAGAACUGUAUUACCGGCUGGGCAUCUAUAUUCUCCAUGUCGCGCGUCAACAUUCUCAGAAUAUCCAGGUUGGCAAACCGCAAUGUUCUGUUUACGUCACAACGAUGCCAGGUACCAGCAGUUCGAGCUCUGAGCACAAAGACAAUCUUGCCCGUGGUUGCCGCCAAUAAGUCAUGCAUAUCAGGCCCUGUUAGAAAUUUAUCAUGCUCGCAAGCCACUUCGAAGGGCAUUUACCCAGAGACGGACAACCCACCAGCAAAGACCCUAGAACCCGAGGCAAAGGCCCACGAACCCACGGAACUCACCAUCGAGGAGUACCACGAGGCAGCAGAUACUUGCAUAGACCAUCUUGUGGCAACCUUUGAAGAGCUUCAAGAAGCCAGAGAAGAUGUCGAUGUUGAGUACAGCGCUGGCGUUUUAACUCUUAUAUUCCCUCCGAUUGGCACAUACGUUAUCAACAAGCAGCCGCCCAACAAGCAGAUAUGGCUUUCGUCCCCAAUAUCAGGACCGAAGCGUUACGACUGGGUUGUUUCGGGCGAGUCGCAAAACCAGAAGGAGGGUGGGGGCCAAGGGAAAUGGGUUUAUAUUAGAGAUGGAUCAACACUGAACGAGAUGUUGGAGAAGGAGGUCGGCGUUGAUCUUACGGAAGUCAUCGACUAACUCGGAUUGUUCCACUGUAUGAUCAAGGAUUUAUGUAUUGUAUUGCAGAAGCUGGCAGAAAGAUCACCAACGUUUUACACAAUAAAUGAAACAAGUGGCUGUGU